AUGGCCGCCGCCGCGGGAGAAACACCGGUGGGCGACGGGGCUCCGCCGCCAGGGGCUCUCUACUCCUUCGGAGCGCUGUGGCCGGAGCUCAAUCAAGGCCUCACCUACACCGACACGUUCCGUUGCGCUGAUGCGGACGCCGCUACCACCUUGAUUGAGUUCUACUCUACUAAAUACAAGAGCUCAGCGCCAUUGCCAGGGUGGAUCAAGAGGAUUCGUAACGGACAGAUAACCGUUGAUGGUGAAGUUGUCACUGAUCCAGAUGUGACUCUGGGGGAUGGUUCUAAGUUGGUAUAUCAUCGUUUUCCCUGGCAGGAGCCAUUUGCGCCAUAUUUGCUGGAAGUGCUCUACGAGGAUGAUGACAUGGUUGCCCUUAAUAAGCCUUCUGGCUUGCAAGUUCUGCCUAAAGGACUCUUUCAGCAGCGCACUGUUUUAGCACAGCUUCAAUUGAAAGACUGGAAGAUGGCCUCAUCUUGCCGGUCGAAGAGAAAAGAUGUGCAGUCACAUCCAGUACCUGUUCAUCGAUUAGGGAGGGGAACAUCAGGCCUCCUGCUUUGUGCCAAGACAAAGAUUGCCAAAGUUCAACUUGCAUCUUAUUUUGCUGAAGGUGCUAUAAAUGCUGCAAAGAAAAGGGAUAAAUCAGAGUUCAGUGAAGAGCGAAAAAUUUCAAAAUUUUAUCGAGCCUUAGUGACUGGCAUACUUGAUGAUGAUGAGGUUGUGGUUACGCAACCCAUAGGGUUAGUUCAUUAUCCUGGAGUUGCAGAGGGACUUUAUGCGGCAUGUUCCUCAGGAAAGCCAGCAAUGAGCAAAGUAUGUGUUCUUGAGAGACUUGCACACCAAAAUCACACACUGGUCCAGGUUGAAAUUCAUUCAGGACGACCUCACCAAAUACGGAUACACCUUGCAUACAUUGGGCACCCUCUUGUAGAUGAUCCUCUCUAUGGUAUUGGUGGGCACCCCAAAUUUGUUGAGCCAGAAUCUACUGGCACAGAUAGUUCUUUUGCAUCUGAUGGAGGUUAUGAGAGACCUUUGCAACCUGUUCCUGGGGACUGCGGGUAUCACCUACAUGCACAUUGGCUUGUUCUUUGCCACCCAACAACCAAUAAGAUGGUAAAAAUUACCGCUCCUCUUCCACAAAUUCUGCAGACACGGGAGGAGCGCCGUGCUACAGCUGAGCAAAUCGGUGGUUGA